AUUUCGGACUCGGAAUCGGAUCCAUGUGAAGAGGAUUGUUUCGAAGGCAUGAACAUCACUGUAAACGCCUUCGANUUGCUUCCGAACCUCAAUCCGACUGAGCUCACUAUUCCUUCCCAAAUGCUCGACAUGCAACUCAUAGGUACGGGUAUCCUAAGAUCGACGCUCCUCGUGUUCAAUUGGCCACAUUUCAUCCGAAUUCCUCCGUCCGAACACAAAUUGCAAAUCGUUGCAUAAUUUCGGACUCGGAAUCGGAUCCAUGUGAAGAGGACUGUUUCGAAGGCAUGA